CCGCUCCUGGAGAGCUUUUAGCCCAAGUUAGCGAAUUCCCGAAUCCCCACACCCAUCCUUGCUGGUGUUUCCCCCUUCAAUUUAAGAAGAAAAUGCUAGAUUUCGCUAUGGCGGACGAGGAAGAAGCGAUCACGGCGGCGGCGCUGGUGUCGGAGCUUUCAUUCCCGGUGGUUCUCUUCGACGGGGAGCAGGAGAUCAACGUCGGCCGGGUGGUCCUCCUCCCUUCCAUGAAUUUUAAGGCCUUCCAAUCGAUCAUCAGCGACAGAAUCGGCCUCUCGCCCAACCAAUUCUCCGUCCACGUGGCCGACAGGCACCGUCGCGGGUUCCAAAUUCCGGUCACCGGGAAGACGAACUUCUCCGCGAUCACGCGGAACAAGGGGUAUUUCUUCCUGGUGCUCCUGAAGCGAUCCAGGCGCGAGCGGAGGCGGAGGAGCCCUGCGGCGGCGGCGGUACGGAAAACAGCGGAGAGCCAACACCGGUUCGAUCCGCCGCCGGGGAACGUGAUGCUACUGAGGCGAGGCGGCGGCGGGUACGGGUUUGCUUCGGAGCUGGAGUUGGGCCUGGCCGGGUACGAGAGGCGGGUGAGGGAGCUGCAGGUGGAGAAGGAGAGGUACUUGAUGAACAUGGGAUUUGUCUCCUCCGGUCAGGGCCUGGAAUCGCUGAGCUUGGAUUCCGGGGAGAGAUCGCCGGAGAGCGAAGGCGUGGUGUGCGGAGAGUGUUCGAGAGGUGGUGAGCCGGAGUUCCACUGGUGUGUACAUGAUCCGGUUACGGUCGGGUUCAGGUCACCGGCGGGUCCAAUCGCCCGACCGUCUAGAGAGUCCGGAGGAGCUGGGAUAGGGUGCGGGAUGGUGUAGGGUAAGACUAAGAUAGACCUUUUUCUAAUUUUAAUUAAUUGGGUUUUCUUUUUUUAACGAUAAAAAAAGGAGAAAAAGAAACCCUGGUACUACUGGUACAACAGAAGCUGCCCAAUCGGAGGAAGGAGGACUUAGUUUGUAGGUUAUGAUAAGUUUGGGGGCAAAUGGAGAGAUUGAUUUAAAUUAGGGGGUGGGUAUUUGCUGGAAGAAUAGUGGGGGUGGGGAAGGAAAUUAUUGAGUAGUUGUAAUUUGUAGGGUGCUGUUUUGGUUAUACGGAUAAGGAUCGGGUGGUGUUUGGGAAGGCGUGAAAGAAUAGGGGUUUUCCAUUUUUAACAAAUUUAUUACUUUUUGCUUUUCUGUUGAGAUUGAGCUGGGAAGGGAAAUGAGACAGACAGAGGCACUGCAGGCAGGCAGCUGGUGCAGAAAAAGUUCGUUUGCUUUUUCGUUUGUUUUGUGCUUACCAGAUAUGUAAUUAACCAUUUAUGGUGGA